AUGGAUCCUUUGUACUUCUCCAGCACUUUUAGCACGGAAGCCUCUCCCGGCGAGGCGAACUCCUCGCUGCCGCCCAACGCGACGGAGAACGGGACGCUCCCGGAGCCGCCCCCGUUCCAGUACAUCCACAAGGUGCUCAUUCCCAUCUGUUACCUGCUGGUGUGCGCCGUGGGGCUGAGCGGCAACGCCCUGGUCAUCUACGUGGUGCUGCGCCACGCCAAGAUGAAAACGGUCACCAACAUCUACAUCCUCAACCUGGCCGUGGCCGACGUGCUCUUCAUGCUGGGCCUGCCCUUCCUGGCCACCCAAAACGCCAUCUCCUACUGGCCCUUCGGCUCCUUCCUCUGCCGGCUGGUGAUGACCGUGGACGGCAUCAAUCAGUUCACCAGCAUCUUCUGCCUGACGGUGAUGAGCAUGGACCGGUACCUGGCCGUGGUGCACCCCAUCAAAUCCACCAAGUGGAGACGCCCCAGGGUGGCCAAGCUCAUCAGUGCCACGGUCUGGACCUUCUCCUUCCUGGUGGUGCUGCCCGUCAUCAUCUUCUCGGACGUGCAGGAGGACUUCCAGACGUGCAACAUGAACUGGCCGGAGCCGGUCAACGUCUGGUCGGCGGCGUUCAUCAUCUACACCUCGGUGCUGGGCUUCUUCGGGCCUCUGCUGGUCAUCUGCCUGUGCUACCUGCUGAUCGUGGUCAAGGUCAAGUCCUCGGGGAUCCGCGUGGGCUCCACGCGGCGCCGCCGGUCGGAGCGGAAGGUCACCAGGAUGGUGGUGAUCAUCGUGGUGGUCUUCGUCUUCUGCUGGCUGCCCUUCUACACCAUGAACAUCGUCAACCUGAUCCUCAUCCUGCCCGCUGACCCCGUCCUGGAGGGGCUCUACUUCUUCAUGGUGGUGCUGUCCUACGCCAACAGCUGCGCCAACCCCAUCCUCUACGGCUUCCUCUCCGACAACUUCAAGCAGAGCUUCCAGAAGGUUCUCUGCCUCCGGAAAGGUGACGGGGCGGAGGAUGGGGAGCCCGUGGAGCACAGGCAGGAGAACAGCAGCCGCCUGCAGGAGUCCAUGCUGACCCAGAGGAACGCGGAUGCCAACGGGCACAUGCAGACCAGCAAGGUCUGA